AAUAUUAUCUUCCAUUUAGCACAAGAGAAUUCUAUCGAACACAUUUUAACAAUAAUACCAGUUGUGAAGUCUUAUAAGUUUUUAGGUAGCAAGAGGUGUGGUUUAUUCAGUUACAGUAAUGGGGAACGAUUUAGCCCAGUUUCAAACGAGAAUGACAGCGGAGAACUGGGAGUUUCUGUUAACCAUGCUUCAAAAAUCAGCCGACAAGUUGUUGAUAAAAAGGAAAAUUGACACUUUAUUAAAAGACGCAAAGGUAGAAAAACAGCCGAGAAUAGAAGUUUUCGAUCAAUCCUCAGCACCGGGACACGUGGUCCUAGGUCGCAUCAGGCCGCUCGACAGGAAACCUCCACGAAACAAGAAGACGUACAGCAACAUGGCCUUCAACUUUGGCAGCGGGAGGACCGAGAAGGGCAUAGUAUCUCCAGCUGUGUUGGAAACCCUCCCCGAGGCUUGGACUGAAGAGUCCAUCAAAGCAGCCCAGGAAAAUCUUGCCAAGCUAGAGACUGAAGCAAAACAGAAACAACCCUCAACGACACAGCUAGACAAAAAGACUGAAAUUAUACCUCCAAAGCCAGACAUCGGAAAGGCUUGGACCAGCUUAAACCACUGGACUAUCUUUGGUUACAUUCCCAACAUAUGCACGGAGGAAUCACCUAGUGCCAUUGAGGAACUGACAAAGGGGUUUGUGAAAACACAGAUCGAAGAAAGAGCAUUUGUAAUAAAAAAACAUAUGGGAAUAGUGGGUACGGUUAUACCCGAUGAUGCAAGAAGAAGAUCAUUUUUGUCCUUACUGAAGAAGAAGGAAUAUGAUGAAAACGCACCUUCAACUCCCUCAGAGCCAGAUACUACAGUUUCAUCGACUCCCGACGCCAAAGUCGACGGAGAAGAGGAUAAUGUGAAGAAAAAGAAGAAGCGAAAAUACAAGAAAAGAACUCCUUAAAUGAAACCUGAUACAACCUGGGAGGUUCUAAUCAAAGCUGCCCUAUUGUAAGAUUUACUUUAAAUAAGUUUUGUGAUACUAAUGUUAGCAAAAUCAAAGUUUUUAGUUAUAACUUAAGCUAAGGGCAUUACAUAAU